UGAUGUGCUCUUUAGAUUUUUGCUUUGGAUAUGGCGCGUCUAGUUGCUGGCACCAAAUUUCACGGAGAUUUUGAAGAAAGAUUAACAGGGAUUGUUGAUGAAGUUAAACAAAGUGAUGGAAAUAUAGUUCUUUUCAUUGAUGAAUUGCAUACCCUUGUUGGCAAUGGCCAGACACUAGAUGCUACUAAUAUACUAAAGCCAGCUCUUGCAAGAGGCGAGCUAAAGUGUAUUGGAGCCACAACAAUUGAUGAAUAUCGAAGGUACAUUGAAAAAGAUGGAGCACUCAAAAGGCGUUUUCUGCAUGUGGAUGUGCCAGAGCCAUCUGUUGAUGAGGCGGUAGAGAUACUGAAAGGAAUACAACGAAAAUACGAAGCUCAUCAUGAUGUCAAAUACGCAGAUGAGGCUUUGGUUGCAGCAGUUCGUUUAUCAAACCAAUACAUAAGGUCAAAAUUUACGUUUACUUACCUUGUAACCUAUCAGAUCAUAUCAGAUAGCAUUUUAUGUUUUCAAUUAAUCCCUUUCAUCUUGAAUACACAACAACAUAUGUACUUUUAUAUAUGUUUCAGCGGUCUAUUUCUACCGGAUAAGGCCAUAGACUUGAUCGAUGAAGCUGGUGCCAGAGUUCAGCUGCGUCAAGCGCGAUCAGCUUCAGAGAAACUUCUUGUGACUGAAGAGGAUAUACAAGCUGUUGUCUCGAUGGUGACGGGAAUUCCUCUUGAUAAAGUCACCGAUAAAGAAUCUCGUCGACUCUUAAACAUGGAGGCAGAACUGCACAAGUACAUUGUAGGCCAGGAAGAAGCUGUGAAGGCAGUUAGUCAUGCUAUUCGCCGAGCACGAGUCGGCACAAAAGACCCCAACAAACCAAUUGCGAGCUUUUUAUUCACCGGUCCGACUGGCGUAGGGAAAACAGAACUUGCCAAGGCAUUGGCUGUUGAGUAUUUUGGCUCCAAAGAAGCCGUCGUCAGGAUUGAUAUGUCUGAAUACAUGGAAAAACAUACUGUAUCAAAGCUUUUUGGAUCACCUCCUGGCUAUAUAGGGUAUGAUGACGGUGGUCAGUUUACUGAAGCUGUUCGUUGCAGAGCCCAUACCGUGGUUCUCUUUGAUGAGAUUGAGAAGGCUCACCAAGAUGUUAACAGGGUGUUUCUUCAGAUUUUAGAUGAUGGUACGUUGACUGAUGGUAAAGGACGAAAGGUGGACUUUAAAAACACAAUCAUUAUAAUGACUUCAAAUAUUGGUAAUAGCUUGAUUGCCCAGGAAGACGAGGAAGAUGAGAUACGAUUCAACACCGUCAAGCUUAUAGUAGCUGAGGAACUGAAGAAAGAAUUCAGCCCAGAGUUCUUGAAUCGAAUAGAUGAAGUGAUCGUGUUCAGAAAAUUGAACAAUGCACAGCUAAACGAGAUUGCAGACUUGAUGCUUGCGGAAGUUUACGGAAGGCUAAAGGCAAAGAACAUCAUUAUACGAGUAACAGAUGGAUUAAAAAGGAAGAUAAUUGAAGAAGGGAACAACCUUAGCUACGGAGCAAGGCCAUUGAAGAGGGCCAUUGUGAGGCUUUUGGAGGAUAACAUUGCUAAAGGGAUCUUGAAUGGAUUUGUAGAGGAGGGACGUUCUGUCAUUGUAGACGUUAAUUCAAACGGAAACGUUAUCAUGCUACAUAGUGAUGUAGCCGUAGAAACCGAAGAUUACGAGCAUUCUAUGAUUUAGGAAGAUUUAUUUCGACUUUUUUUGCGCUAAUUGCUAUUUUUAUUUUUAUUGUGCUUCCGUCUAUAU